GCCUUGAGCUAGCCACAUACUUGACACCGCCGCCCGAGGCUGCAGCGCGUGUGGAAGCUUUACCGCCAAGCACAUUGCAGGCUUUAGCGGGGCGAGCUCGUAAGCAGCAGUCCAAUGUGGACUUUGAGGAUGUUAGAGUGCCCCUUAGAACAGUUUAGGGAUAGCAACGUGGCGUUGCCACCCUCCUAUCCUUACGGCAAAGUCGUCAUCGUGGAUCAGCUCGGAAGAGACGCUGUAUUAUUACCCCGCCGACAAGAUAAUGGAGGGGUUGAGCCGUCCUGUUUGAAGCUAUAAAAACUUCGCUUGCACGGAUAGCAUCUUGACUUGUUUAUUCUUGUCGAAACAAUUGCCAUCGCUUAAUUACCAGCUACAAUGAGUGUCACAGUUACUACUUUGCAACAAGGCUCUGGCGAGAGUCCUCUGAAGGGAGACAAGAUCGUCAUGCACUACACCGGCUGGCUGAAGGACACCUCUCAGCCGGAGAAUAAGGGGAAACAAUUUGACUCUUCUAUUGGGCGAGGAACUUUCGAGACCGCAAUUGGAGUAGGAAGCGUCAUUGGAGGAUGGGAUCAUGGUGUUCCCACCAUGAAGGUUGGUGGGAAGGCAAGGCUUGAAAUUACAAGCGACUGGGCAUACGGUGCCAGGGGUUAUCCACCUAUCAUUCCUGCCAGAUCAGACCUCAUCUUUGACGUUGAGCUAUUGAAUUUCAUCCCGGCGCCGGCGGACCAAAGAAAACCAUGGCCCGCGAAUUGGUUUGAUAACGUUACUUUGAAUUGAUGAUAGCUGGUUAGAAAAAGCAUCGUCGAAGUAACGCCCGUUAUCUAUACUGUCAUUCAUCCGAGCAAGAUCUUGCCUACAUAUCUGGUUUCUAGUAGUACUUGCCUACCUAUGUAGAGGACUUUUGGAUAUCUAGGUAGUGUCAAUACAGAAAUGCGCUAUGCGUACCAGCUAUCAGCACAUGUAGCUUGCGUCCCGAAGCAUUUGCGCGGUUGUAGACACA